AUGCCCAUGAGUACCUCGGGUGGGGGCUGUGGGCAGGAACUGGGGGGGGUCUGCUGGGGUUCACCACCCUCCAGACCAUCCCCGUCCCAGCCAGGCACUGCAGCCACCCAGCCCCAGCAAGUGAACGGCGUCCUGGGGAGGUCCGUGCUGCUCUCCCCGGCUCUGCCCCCCAACAAGACGGUGAAGGAGAUCGAGUGGAGCUUUUCAGCCGGCGCCGGUGCCACCAUUCAAGUGGCAGAGUUCGGCCCCGGCGGCUUCGAGCGCCCAGACCCCAAGGACCGGUUCAAGGACCGGCUGGAGAUGCUCAACGAGACGGCGCUGAAGAUCGAGGCCCUGGAGCGGGGCGACAGCGGGGUCUACGGGGCUCGGAUUAAACUGCACCCGGCGCUGGUGGAGGAUCGGUUCUUCAACCUCUCCGUCUACGGGCCGGUGCCAGCGCCGGAGAUCCAGCACCGGCAGCUCUCCCGUACCGCCCAAGGGUGUAACGUCACCCUGCGGUGCUGGGUGCCGGCCGGCAGCGAUGCUGAGGUUGCCUGGCAGCUCGGCAGCUCCCGCGGGAUGCCGUGGGGACAGCUCUGCGAGGACGGCCGGACGCUGUCCCUGGUCGUGCCCGCCAGCGCCUUC